UUGAAAAGAGGGGACGUUCCCAAAUCAAUUCAGUGUUACAUAAGCGAAAAGAAUGCCUCCGAGAACAUAUUACAUCUUUGAUAAAGGAGACAUGGGAAUUCAUGAAUACAACUCAGAGGAAAAAUUCUCCAUUUUCUGAAACAUUUAUUGGAAUUGUUAAAAAUAUUACAAGAACAUCGCAUUUCAUGUAUCUCCAAAGCCUAUCAUUAUUAUUAUUUAAUGUUGCAUUCGCUUUCAAGUAAUUAUUAUAAUAUACCUAGAAAAUUGGUCUUAUUACACGUGGUUUUGUGUGUUUUCAUAAGUCCUAGUAUUGCAUGGGUUAUCAAGUAAAAGUUAAAUUUGUAGAUGUGCUUCACGUUUUCCUUAUUAGAAACUUUUCACCAAACUUGGCCUUGAAAAUACCAAUGUAUUAUCAACUUUAUCUUUAUUAGUCUCAAAUUAUUUGUUCACUUUAUUUGUCUCAAAUCGCGAAUCUAGAAACAAAUUAGAAUAAAUAUUUUAGUAAUAAUAAUUUUGAGAAUUAUUAUUUGUAAAACACUUGUGUUAUAAAAAGGCUAAUUAAUGGUGUACUUAUAUUCCACUUAACACGUUUUUAUGGAUCCUCCAUUUCACCAGUUUUUUCAUUCAAAUGGCAACUUGGAGCUAUUAUUCAAUCAAAUUAAUGGUAGGUGAGGUGUUCUGAUGGAACAGUAAUUUUAAUUUUAAUUAUUCAUUUCAUCAAAUAUCAGAAACAGUAAUUUUAAUUUUAAUUAUUCAUUUCAUCAAAUAGCAUACUUUGCCGACGGGUUAGCCACUAAUAUGGCCCAUUAUAAUUGUAUUUGACAAGCAAAAAAAUAUUAAAAAUUAGAUAUGAUGAGAUGGUGGUUAUACGGAGAUAUAUAAAUAAUAUUCAUAAAAUCAGAUUCGGGAUUCUGACAUAUCUAUAGUUUUGAAUUAUGUAUUAUUUUAGGUGACACUCUUUUCUUUAUAGACCGUCAUUAAAAGAAUGUCACUCACCAUACUAUAUUAGAACCAAUUUUACUCUUACUGAAAUGAAUCUCAACCACACAAAUAUCUAAGAUUAUUUUAGACCAUAAAUUUCAAAAAUCUUCAUUUUUCUCUUAAUCGUCAUGUCAAAUCAAAGAGUAUCACAUAAAAUAAGAUAGAGGAAACAUUAAUUUUUUAAAAAUAAAACGGCUAACAAGUGGAAUGGAGCUAUAGUCUAUAUAUAUCGGAUAAUGCAAAUCUAUCAAAAAGAAAUAAUAACUGAAGUCGAUCUGCUGUUUAAUUAUUUGUAUAGUCACGUGAAACAUAAGUAUUAUGGAUGUAUAAACUGGAAAUGACAAUGUCUAUUAGCAAAUCAAAUUUAAUUUCGAAAUUAGAGGUUCCAAAAUCCUGCAUUUCUAACGUGCCAAUUCGACGAUCUGGAAACUAUCAACCUUCUAUUUGGGACUAUAAUCAUAUUCAAUCACUGAAGAAUCAUUAUUCAGACGAGAAAUUCAUGAGACGCCGCAAUGAGCUGAAGAUGGAAGUGAAGAUUAUGCUCAGUGAUCGUAACAUGAAGCAAUUGGAACAGUUGGAGAUUAUUGAUAAUUUGCAAAGGCUUGGAUUGUCUUAUCACUUUGAAGAUGAAAUAUACAGUAUUUUGAAUAACUUAAGUGACAAAGGUAGCAAAAGAGAUCACUUGUAUGCUAAAGCUCUUGAAUUCAGGCUCUUGAGACAACAUGGAUUUAACAUUGUUUCACAAGAAACUUUUGGUGGUUUCUAUGAUAAUACAACUGGUUUUGGUGAAAUUCAUCAUAAUGAAGACACAAAGGGGAUGUUAUAUUUGUAUGAAGCUUCAUUUCUUGCCAUAGAAGGUGAAAAAGAAUUGGAGUUGGCAAGAAAUUUGACAGAAGAACACCUAAGAGAAUAUUUGGCUGAUCAAAAUAAAAAUGAUGUGGAUCAAAAUUUGGUUGAAUUAGUGCACCAUGCCUUGGAGCUUCCAUUGCAUUGGAGGAUGUUGAGAUUAGAAACCAAAUGGUUUAUCAAUUAUUACAAGAAAAGACAAGACAAGAUGAUCCCUUUUUUGCUUGAACUUGCUACCCUUGAUUUCAACAUUGUUCAAGCAGCUCACAUUGAAGAUCUAAAAUAUGUGGCAAGGUGGUGGAAAGAAACAUGCUUAGCAGAGAAUCUGCCAUUUGCUAGAGAUAGGUUGGUGGAGAAUUUCUUUUGGACAAUUGGAGUAAAUUUUCUUCCUCAAUAUGGAUACUUCAGAAGAAUUGCCACAAAAGUUAAUGCUUUAGUAACCACAAUAGAUGAUGUGUAUGAUGUUUUUGGUACUCUGGAUGAACUACAAAUAUUCACACAUGCCAUCGAAAGAUGGAGUAUCGACGAAUUGGAUAGACUCCCAGACAAUAUGAAGAUGUGUUAUUAUGCGCUCGAUAACUUUAUUAACCAAUUGGCUGAUGAUGCUUUUGAAGAGCAAGGCAUUUUCAUUUCACCAUAUCUAAGAAAUUCGUGGAGAGAUUUGUGCAAAUCAUACCUGAGAGAAGCAAAGUGGUACCAUAGCCAGUAUAUCCCAAGUAUGGAAGAAUAUAUGGACAACGCCUGGAUUUCAAUAUCAGCUCCAGUAAUAUUAGUACAUGCAUAUUUCCUCGUUGCCAACCCUGUAAACAAGGAGGCAUUGCAUUACUUGGAGAAUAAUUACCAUGAUAUCAUUCGUUGCUCAGCGUUAAUUUUGAGGCUCGCCAAUGAUUUAGGAACAUCAUCGGACGAGUUGAAAAGGGGUGACGUACCAAAAUCAAUACAAUGUUACAUGAACGAAACACAAGCUUCAGAAGAAGAGGCUAGACAAUACAUCAGACUGCUGAUUAGCCAGACAUGGAAGAAAUUGAACGAAGCUCAUUGGCUAGCAGCAGACCCCUUCCCAAAGAUAUUUGUUACGUGUGCUAUGAACCUAGCAAGAAUGGCACAAUGCAUGUAUCAGCAUGGUGAUGGCCAUGGCGGUAAUAACUCCACGACUAAAAACCACAUCAUGGCGUUGCUCUUUGAAUCCGUUCCUCUAGGACACAAACAUUCUUCAGCAGAAAAAGAGGACCACUCUAUGGUCAACUAUAGAGAGAAAUUCAUGAUCUAGGGGUCAUUGAGUUGUGAAUGAACUUUCACCUUGUUUGUAAGGUUUUGAUUCCCCACCCUGCAAUUUCCUCCCCAUUUAUAGAAGGGGCAGGGGGGAAGAGAGAAGGCUCAGUGGGUGCAGUAUGCAUAGUACACAAUGCAUUAUCAAAACUGCAUAUGAUUUGGCAGUUGAUUCAUAGCUAUAUAAUCAAUCACAGUGCCCUUUUUUGGGAUCUGAUAGCCUCAAGUUACUCGCCUCUUUCUGAAAGAAAGAAGAAACUUUACAAGGUUCCUUUAUCAGAACUAAGGGAAGUUUGAACGUCUGACAGAUCUCAUUUCAGAGUAUGGUCCAGAAGGAAAAUUACAGCUCGCCAACAAAUAACCUUUUUGAAUUUUCAGUCAUAUUCUAAUUUUGAAUCAUAGUGGACGAUAUGUCUUCCCACUAUCAAUAAUAUUGUACGUAAUAGGAUAGGAAACCUAUCUAUUCAUCAAGUUCAAAGUGUCAAUAUCCAUACAACAAUAACAUCCAAAAAAA